AUGAAAUUUUCUACUGUUGCUACUUUAUCUUUAGCUGCUACUUCCUUAGUAGCUGCUGUUGAUCAAAAUAAAGAAUAUACUACAACAAAGACUAUCACCACUAAAUAUAAUCAUGGUAAAGAUACUUAUGUUUAUACUACUACUUCUACUCAUACUACUCAUAAGUAUGGUAAAUUUAAUAAAACUAAAAAAUCAAAGGCUUCUACUUCCUCUGGUACUCAUAAAUAUGGUAGAUUCAACAAAACCAAGAAAUCUAAGGCUUCUACUUCUUCAGGUACCCAUAAGUACGGUAGAUUCAACAAGACUAAGAAAUCUAAGGCUUCCACUUCUUCAGGUACUCACAAGUAUGGUAGAUUCAACAAGACUAAGAAAUCUAAGGCUUCUACUUCUUCAGGUACCCAUAAGUACGGUAGAUUUAACAAAACCAAAAAAUCCAAGGCUUCUACUUCCUCUGGUACUCACAAGUAUGGUAAGUUUAACAAGACUAAGCAUCACUCUACUUUGAGUGGUCUACCACAAGUUAAGCAUGCCAAUGCCGCUGCUGGUUCUCCAAGCCAAGUUAACUCUUUCCAAUUGUUUGGUUUAACUGCUGUUUCUGCCUUUGUUACUGGUGCUUUAUUAUUAUUAUAA